AUGAGUUCAGUAGUUCCAUUAGAGAUACGAAAUUUUGCUGAACUGGUGAAUAAAAGCAAACUAGUGGAAGAAUGUUCGAAAAAGGUGGCGAUAGCUCGAGCAGAUCGUAGGGAAGCCUUAGGAAGAGACUUUAUUCAAUAUCUAGCCCCUCAAGGUCGUAACUUUAAGUUCAAUGGUCAGUUCGAUCGCCAAAAUAGGAAUCAACAAAAUGGCAACUUUCUCGCUCGUAACAAUGGCAACUACGACAACAAUAAUUUGGGAGAGGAAGAAGGAGGUCAAUCUCAGCAAACUCAGGAUAUUUCAGUAUGCUCAAGGUGUGGGAAGGAUCAUGGUAAUAGAGCUUGUAAAUAUGGGACACACACUUGUUUCUCUUGCAGAGAGUAUGGACAUAUAUCGAGGAAUUGCCCAAAAAGGUUUGUUCGAAAUCCAGCUAGGCCACAAUAA